UCGGUUUGAAACUGAGGUAAUAAAGGUUGGAUUAUUGGAGGAGGAAGAGAAAUUGAGGAAUAAUUGGGUAGUCAAGUCUAGGAAGAAAGGUGAAGUUGGUAAUUCAUCUGUUGCCCAUGAAGUGUUCGAUGCUGUGGUUGUGUGUUCUGGGCAUUAUACACAACCAAAUAUUGCAGAAAUUCCAGGUAUUGGUGCAUGGCCAGGGAAGCAACUUCACAGCCACAGUUACCGUGUUCCUGAGCCGAGCCCUUCAGUGGUCAGGGAAUAGAGCUAGUGCUGCAGACAUAUCUAAGGAGAUUCUUACAGUUGCAAAAGAAGUGCAUGUUGCAUCAAGAUCUACCAUGAAUGUAUCACCUACCCUGAGGUUUGGUAAUAAUAACGUGCCGCACCAUCCGUUGGUCAAGCGUGCACAUGAAGAUGGAACUGUGGUAUUCCAAGAUGGAAGCUUGGUUCGUGUUGAUGUCAUUGUACAUUGCAAAGGGUAUAAAUACUAUUUCCCCUUUCUAGAGAUCAAUGAUAUUGUAACCGUGGAUGACAAUCGUGGAGGGCCAUUAUACAAGCAUAUUUUCCCACCUGUGUUGGCUCCAGGGCUUUCUUUUAUCGGCAUACCUUGGAUGGCUCUACCUUUCCCCGUAUUUGAAUCAAAAAGCAAGUGGGUGGCUGGUAUUCUAUCCGGUCGGAUUUCACUCCCAUCUAAAUCUAAGAUGAUUGAGGAUGUAGAGGCCUUCUAUUUUCAACUCAAAGUAGCAGCUAUCCCAAAUCGUUACACUCAUUUCUUAGGGGAAAACCAGUUUGACUACACUGAUUGGCUUGCUUCUGAGAGUGGGUGUCAACCAUGGGAGGAGUGGAGAAAGCAGAUGUAUAAAGCACGUCAGGAAAACGCUACAGCACGACCGGAAACUUAUCGUGAUGAAUGGGAAGAUGAAGAUUUGGUCGUGCAAGCUCAUGAAGAUUUUAGACAGUAUUUACCAGCAGAGUUGUGUGUGCACGGCAAGCAGACAUAGUUUCAGUUGAAUAUGACACAAAUGCCAGCUUUAACCGAAGUAGGUUACAACACGGCUAUAAUAGCAGAUCCGAGGACAUUACUAAUUCAUUAUUUUCAUAAACUCCUUUGAUAGUUGAGACUACUUGAUUUGUGAAGCAUAAACGUGAAAUCACAUCUCCAAGAGAAAAAAAGAAGUUCCGUUGAAAAUGUAAAAUUAACACUAUCUUAUGCCGUUUUUAGGUUCACUCAAGUGCAAGUGUAUAACUUUAUUUCA